AUGCCCGGCGCCGACGAGCUCAACGGAAACAUCAAAUCAAGCUCAAACGGCGUCGCCCACAACAACGACAACACACCCUCCACCAAGUCCAACAACGAUCCUCCCCGCAUGAACGGCGUCACACCAUCCUCCCCGUCGCCCGCGGCUCCCUCGACCAGCACCGGCCAGGGCGCGGACCAACAGCCAGCAGCGGCGUCCGACGCUACGUCUAGCAACCCCAAGCCCGCGGCGACGGAGCAGGCUCAAGCACCGGUCGUCGCCUCCGCCCCGUCGAAGGGCAAGGCGUCGACGGAGAGCUCAGCGCCGUCUACCACCCUUCAAGGCUCCGGCUCCAAGUCGCGCUCCUCCCGACGCAGACACAACGCGUCCGCCGCCUUGGAGCGGGCCGCUGACGCGCCCAAUGGCAAGACCAGCGCGUCGGUUCGCUCCAAGCGCUCCUUCCUGUCCCGGUUCCUGCGCAAGCUGGUGCCUUGCGCUGGACCCUCGCGCGCGCACGCUGUCGACCUCGAUACCGGCGCCGCCCCGAAGGCGCCGGAGCCCGCCGCGGACGAGAAGAAGCCCUCGGCAGCGGAGGAGAAGCCGCUCAACGCGGCCGAGCCUCCGGCUCCCAAGCGCGAGGAAGAGCACGCGUCGGAGCCACAGCCGCCAACCGAGCAGAAGAAGGACACGCCAGCCGUGCCAGAGCCGCUCACCAUACAGCCGCCAGCCGCCGCGGUCGAGAUCGAGAAGGCCGUUCCCACCCCGACUCUACUGCCCGAGGAGGAGACAGAGGGCGUUACGUCCGGCGCCGUUCAGCCGCCGGGCUCCACAGGCGAGACGCCAGCUACCGAUAAGACUGCCCAGAAGGAUCUACCACCGCAGACCACAGCGUCUGCUCCGAUUGGUGGCGACGAAUCGGAGGGAACCAGCUUCGAUGAGGACGACGAUUUGGUAGAGGAUGAGGAUGAGGAGGACCGCCUGAUCAUGAAUGGCGGUGCGGGCAUACCUAUAGGGCCUGAUGGUAUCCCAAGGCCGCUCUUGCCCCCCAUCACCCCCGCGCAUGCGGGGCGUAAGUGCUUAGUCUUGGACUUGGACGAGACUCUUGUGCAUAGCAGUUUCAAGGCAAUACCCAACGCGGAUUUCGUGGUUCCUGUGGAAAUAGAAUAUCACUGGCACAACGUCUACGUGAUCAAGCGGCCCGGCGUCGACAACUUCCUGAAGUUGAUGGGUGAGAUAUACGAGGUCGUCGUGUUUACUGCGAGCUUGAGCAAGUACGCGGAUCCUGUACUUGACAAGCUCGACAUCCACAAAGUCGUCACCCAUCGCUUGUUCCGGGAGAGUUGUUACAAUCAUAAGGGCAACUACGUCAAGGAUUUGUCGCAGUUAGGACGGCCAAUAGCGGACACCAUCAUCCUGGACAACUCACCUGCUUCAUACAUCUUCCACCCCAACAAUGCCGUUCCCGUGUCUUCCUGGUUCAAUGACCCUCACGACACCGAGCUUACCGAUCUCAUACCGUUCCUCUCGGACCUCACGGCGGUGGACGACGUCCGCGGCAUCCUCGACGGCGCCCGAUGA